UUAUGCCGAACCCCAGCUGAGGUCUCCUUCUUGGAAGAGAACACAGAAGUAAACAUUGAUUUCGAUAGCAAAUAUGUGUUUUGGUGACACUGAAAGGUUUGGAUUUGUGCCAAUGUAUUUAUUGCUUAACAUUGACAUGGCCACUAUGACAGACUUUCCUGUAUACGUGAUGUGAGUCAACCCACACCAAUAGGUGAAACAAGCCUGGUCUCCACGAUUUGUAGAUCAGAAUAAAGAUAACAGAUGGGUACCGGAGUAAGUAAAAGCCAUUCUAAAAGCGACGUAAGAGCGCAAGAAACUGGAGUGCACCAUAACCCACCAAGUCCUAGCCAAACAACCAUCACCAAUCAAGGUAGCAGAAUUGAUGUCACACAACUUAGUUCACCGCAGCCAAAAUCUGAGCAUGAACCCUCUAUCAAAGUCGAAGAACAUCGUGGUUCAAGAGUCGGAAGCAACUUAUCAAUACGAAGUAAAACAGGUUCGUUAAACAGAACUAAAACCGGCGUUGCCACCAGUAAAAUAGAUCCAGACCUAUCUUCCUCUCAAUGCCUAGUCAAAGAACCCUUAUCAAGUGAAGAUUGCGAACCUGGCGGUAACAAAGAAGCAACCAGACGUUCAACAAGUGCAAUUUCUCGCCAGAGUUACAGAAAAUUGGAUCCAGAACCCGCACAAGACAGUAAAGACAGUCAAUCUGUGACGUCAAAUCAGGUGAACGUUUCCCACUCAGGAAGGGAGAAAAACGGCUUUCCAGAACAAGACAUAUCGCACGAAAGGACCAGCCAAAAACUAAAAAUGGAAACAAGUGAAGUAUUUGAAAACCAUUCCAUUCACAGAGAUGGUGAGGUGUCGGCAAUAUCAUUACCUUUGCAACAUCAGCAGGACCAAGGUGCUCAUAUGAGAGCCACCAAUGAAAUAGAUGACCAAGGAGACAGAAAUAACAAAGAAGAAUUGGAUGAAGUUAUCAAGGAAAUUUUUGAUAACUUCCAAGACUCAGAAAACAGUGUAAGCAAAACUGGUCACAGCUCAAGUGAUCUUGAGGCAUUUUCAGAAGCUCCUAAUGCAAACAGCGAAAUUGGUACACGCAAAACAGGAGAAAAUGAUAUUGAACAGUUAUACCAAGAUGCGUUUCAUGAAGAUUUCCCUUCAGAUAACAGGGACAUGGAGGAUAAAGAUGCGCAACACGGCAAUCGUACCCAACAGAAUGUAGAUUGUAGCAAUAGUAAAAUUGUCCAGCAAGAAAAUUUGCAUACAUUGGAAAAUUUUGGAAAUGAUAUCUCCCGACCAGAAAUAGAAACAUGUGACAAUGAAAACCAGCAGAACAUAGAUAUUCAAAGUGAAAACUCCGAAGGCUCGUAUACAUACAGCGAAUUCAACGAUGAAGAAAACGAUGCAAUUACACCGGGUUACAUGGACCAUGAAAAUUCUAUUGAAGAAGCGAAUGAAAACCAGCAGAACAUACAUAUUGAAGAGAACACUGAUGCGAAACCGUUUCAACGUAAAAACUCGGAAGACUCGUAUACAUACAGUGAAUUCAAUGAUGAAAAAAAUGAUGCAAUUAAAGACGGUUAUAUGGACUAUGAAAAUUCUAGUGAAGAAGCGAAUGAAAACAAAACUGAGCAGUCAAGGCAUUCAAACAAUCAUCAAGAAACGGGUGAUAUAGAAAAACAGGAGGAGGGGAAUUUAAAUGGCGAGGUUGAAGACGUGCGAGUCGAUGAUGGGGGAUCAGAAAAAAUGAACCUUAAGAACUUGCAUAAGCAAGGGCAACACUCCCAAGGAACAGAUGAAAAAUUGUUUUCUACACAAACAGACGGUGCUAGUAUUGAUCUACCUAUUGAAAGAGGGACCAAAAGAGAACGAAUUCCCUCAAAUGAAUUGCCCAACCAGAGCACGACGCAAGGGUCCGCUGGUCAAUUGGAGGAGGAAAAAUUAGAAAACACAGAAUAUGAACAUUUAAACAAGCAAAGUGAUUCUACAGCCUCCGCAAGUCUCCCCAGUCAACACUUGCAAGAGGAAGAUGAAGAAACAUACAGAGCUAGUCUUGAACUGCCUUCGGAUGCAGGGAGCAAACGUUCAGUAGAAUAUGAAUCCAAAUCUCAGAAAGAAAUGUCCAACAAGAACACGGCUAGAGAGUCUGUCGGCCAAAUAAAAAAGGACAAAACAGAUUAUACAGAAAAUGAUCACUUGCACAAGCAAAGUGAUUCUUCGGAUUCAGCAAGUUUGCAGAGUCAGCACUUCCAAGAGGUGAAGGAAGAAUUUUCUUCUGCUGAAACAGACAGAGCUAGUUUUUAUCUACCCUCUGGUACAGCGAUCAAGGAUUUGAUUGAAGAUGAAUCUACAACCCUUAAAGAAUCACCCAAGCAGAAAACGUCUAAAGAGUCCGUCAACCCACAGGAUGAGAACAAAACUGAAAAUCGAGCAAGUUUCAAAGAUGACGACCAUGUAACUGAAGAUGCCUCAGGAAUAAAAAAUAACUCGCCAGAUGAUGUGAAACGUUCAAGACAAGUUACAGAAACCCCAGCUGCAAAACGACGAGUAAGCCGAAAGGACAGAGCACCAAGAGAAAGAAGAAGGAAACAACUAGCCAAGAGCCCGGCAAGGACACUUCCAAGUCUUCCCCCAGAGAACCAUCCACGAAAACUGGUCUUGGCUAUUUCUUUACAGGGAGACACAACAGAUCCUUGGGAAUUAUACUGGGAUGGGAAGAAUUUGCCAGCUGAGAUGUUUGAAGACACACACUAUCAUCCGCCAAACAUUGAUCUUAAAGAUCACUUUAUUGAAUCAAUACCUGACGAAAUUGAAGCGUUUGCUGACACACUUACCGUUGUUAACUUCAAAGGCAACAACCUAUCUAAGUUACCCCUGGGUUUCUUUCGUUUAAAGAAUCUGAAGAAACUUAAUCUUAGUGUUAACUGCUUCACUGAAAUUUCAAAAGAAUUUGAAAAACUUACAGCAUUGGAAGACCUAGUGAUGUCACAUAAUUAUAUUGAGAACGUCGACGGCAACGGUCCACCUAUUCUCCAAACAUUAGAUUUGAGUCACAACUGUACGCUGUCUCACGGGGAGUUGUUUUAUUCUUUGCUUGAUUGGCAGAGUCUGUCCACUUUGAAUUUGGCUGGAAAUCAAAUUGAAAAAAUCCCGGACAACAUUUCCGAUCUAGAAGAGCUAUUGGAACUAAAUGUGUCUUUUAACGAACUUACUGAAAUACCGGGAGAACUAUUUGAACUGGAAAGUCUUCAGAGCCUCGACCUCAGCCACAACUUCAUAAAGAAAGUAGGUGAACCUUCCCUUGAUAGCCAGUUAGAAAGACUUGAUGUUUCAGCAAACUACCUUGAGGCUAUACCGCUCUCAACCCAUUUCAAGAAACUAAAACAUUUCAAGUGUUCUAACAACUAUAUAGAAAAGGUCCAGCAUAGCCUUAGCUACUGUUCAUCGUUAGAAUAUGUCGACCUUUCGGAAAAUUACAUCACCAUUUUUGAUUUGGCGGGUGAGACGCUACCAUCACUGGAUCAAUUAAUCCUAGACGAAAACUACCUCCAGGAUUUUCCAAAAGAUGUGAGUGCUCUCCAGAACAUACGGGUAUUGUCUUGCAAGAGAAAUGUUAUAACAUUUCUCGACGUUCCAAAAGAAAUAAUCAGUUUGGAAGAGCUCUAUCUGAAUGACAACAGCAUAAGUGGAGUGCACACUUUUUUGCCACGUGGUCUGCCAUCCCUGAAGUUAUUGGACGUGUCCAAUAAUCAGAUAAAACACCUUCCUGGUUCUUUCUCAGAAUUCGAACAUUUGGAGACGUUGAAUUUAAACGGAAAUAAAUUCAUCCAUUUUCCAGAUAUCCUCCGUAAUGGUCUUCCACGGCUCACUAAUCUGGCCUUGGAUGGCAGUAAAGACAUGCUUCAUGAAUUGGAGGACCAGUCUUUGGUGUUGAAUUGCAGUGGAAGAAUGAAGGACUUACAUCUUGCUCACCACGAAUUGGAAGCUAUUCCAGAUACGUUAGCAACCUUAACAAAUAUUGAGCGCCUGAACGUGUCUGGGAACAAGCUCAAAAAGCUCCCCAAGAGAUUACUCAUGAACAUGUCCAAGUUGAAACACUUAGACUUGUCACACAAUGAGUUCGACCAGGUUCCACAGGAGUUUCGAUCACAAACCAACGAAGUCACACAUCUUGAUCUUCAAGGGAACAAAAUCUCCGCACUGCCAAUUCACUUUUCCAAAAUGAAAACGGUUGAAGAGUUGCAUAUUGGACGAAAUGCGCUAUGUGGCUUACCUCCCAAGUUUAUUGAAAUGAAAGAUAUCACCAAACUACAGUUAUCACAUAAUCCCUUCAGCAACGUGCCCUGCGUGAUCUGGAAAUUGCAACACUUACAACACCUUGAAAUGAACAAUUGCCAACUGAAGAUAUUUGAUGUAGAUCGUUCUGCGACAUCUAUCCAUCACAACCUACGGUUCCUCGACGUAGGGAGCAAUCAGCUAGAAGAAAUUGACGAAUCAGUGGUUCUUUGUACCUCACUGGAGGAGUGCGAAUUUUCGCAUAACAACAUAUCUGAAAUUGAUGAUAUUCCAAUUGGGGAGUUGACGGCACUUCAAAAAUUAGACAUGAGUUAUAAUGCAUUUGACUGCUUUCCGACUAAGGUGUUUGAGUGCAGUGCAUUAGAACAGCUGGAUUUAUCCAAUAACAAGAUCGACACAAUGGAGGAAGGCAAUGUUGACCCAAAGAAUAAUAUAAGGAUACUAAAUUUGUCCUUUAAUAAACUCCAAGGUAUCCCAGUGGCUCUGAAACACCUUAGACGUCUAGAAAAAUUAGACAUCAAGGACAACAGAAUCGAGAAAAUAUCCGACAAAAUGGAAGAUGGAAUCCCUCGCCUGAAAAGUAUCAACAUCAGCAACAACAAACUACAGUUUAUCCCAAAAACGGUUGGAAUGUCCACAAGACAACUUGACCACUGCUCGUUAACCAAUAAUAAGAUUCAAGAUAUAUCAAGCUGGGAAGCAAGAUCAGCAAUUCUGCAACUUGAUUUAAAUGACCUUCAUGCACUUCCAGAGGCAUUAAUGGGAAAGCAAGGCUUGCGUGAUCUCCACGUUAUGAGCAACAAACUACAAGAGCUAACCUUCCCCAGAAAUCGAGGACGCUCCUGCAUGACUUUGCAAUCUCUUAACGUCUCGCAUAACCAUUCAGAGAAUCUUGCAAACUCUUCUCCAUUCAAUAUGCGGAAUGGGAUUGCAGUGUUGCAAUUCUUGCUUGAGCUCGAGAUUGAUGGUCUGCGCCUCAAUAGUCUUCCAGAUGACAUUGGCGAUCUCAAAUAUCUGAGAAAAUUAACUGUACGUGGCAAUAACUUGACUACCGUGCCCGCUUGUGUGUCUCGCCUUCGCAGACUGAAGUACCUGGAUAUGUCCGAUAACAACUUGACAGAACCUACCACAAAGGAAAUGGAAUUUCUCCUGACAGCCAUAGAUAUCUGCGAGGUGAACAUGAGCAGGAACAAACUCACCUGUGUACCACUACCUGCGAAACAGGAGCUGAAGUCAAAACUGGAGAGAUUCUUUCUCAGUGAUAAUCAGAUUUCAGUCAUUGAUCGAUUGAUAACAGAGCUAUCUUAUAUGAAAGAAUUACAUCUGGAUUCCAACAAGCUGAAAUACGUUCCUGAGCGUGUGUUCUACAACAAAGCCCUCCAGAAACUGACAGUUAACAAGAAUUGCAUUACAGCCAUCCAUGUACCCGAAGCUGAAGCGCUUGAGGAUUCAAGUCUGAAGGUUUUGGAAGUUUCUAACAACAAGCUGACUGAAGUGGAUAGCUCCCUUGCACUAUUCGGUAGACUGGAAUCAUUGGAUCUGAGCUAUAACAAUAUAUCAAAGCUUCCACCAAAUGCUGGUCUGUUUGCGAAAUUAAAGAUGAGAGGACUUGUUCUCACAGGAAAUCCUGCUCUUCAGACUUUUGCAGAAGAAGUCCUUCGCGACUAUCUCACAAAGACAGACGCCGUCUUGAAGGCAAAGCAAGGGGUCAAGUUAUUUUUUCAUGGGAGGCAGACAAAAGAUAUGAAUCUGGUGGCCGGAGCACUAAUGCACAAAACGGAAGACGAGAACAGCUCACCACAAACACUUGAUGGUAUUGCAGUGCCCUUCAACUUUGAUCUUGACAAUUUCCAAGUCAGUGCAUUUAUCUGCAAUUCCGAUUUCCGCUACACGGUGCAGCAGUUAGCUUCCACUGGUACCAUUCACGUUAUUGUCUUCAAUCUAGAUGACUUCAAGGACGAGGACACUUCUGACGUCACGUUCACCACCCAAAUCAGCUGCUUCAUUUCUGAAGUAACAGCCUCAAUGCCAUUUCCAAUAUUGCGAGUUGUUGCUGUAAACAAGAGUUUCAGAAUUGACAGUGAUCCUCUCCGAAGAGCCACAGGACGAGUGGAAGACCAGCUGCGUUCAUUUGCUGCCUCCCUGAAUGAGCGAUUGCUCUCUAAAACCGCGCUUCCUGAGGGGAGCAAGUCAGCGUUAAAACGAGCAGAGCACGUCAUGGACAUGUGGAAUAUGCCCUCAAGUGUAACAUGCGUCAGUGUCGAACACAUUGAGGACGAGAUCAGAGACAUUCAAGACGAUCUGCGAGAUGUUCUUUCACAUGAACUCAGUUUUCCACGACCGCCUGUCCUUGGAGAUCUGUGGGUGUUCUUCCUGGGAAAACUGUUUGAGCGAAGAGAUGAAGAAACAAAACCCGUGAACUAUCUCACCAGACAUGAGUGCAUUUCCAUAGCAAAAGAAUGUGGGAUUGCCGACGACCAAAUCAACCGUUUUAUAGAUACCUUCUUGUACCAUUUACACGAGACAGGAAAAGCCUUUUGCCUAGAAGAGGACGGCGAAGUGAGAAUGAUUUUCACAGAAAAAGAGAGAUAUCUGGAUAUGCUCAGCUGUGUAUUGAGCAGCAAAAACCCAGAGCUUUCAUCCCGAAAUGUGCAGCAGCUGCUAGACAAGGCAAACCGUUGGAAAUUUUCGGCCGUGGACGUGAUAUACGUUUUGAAUAGAAUGGAAUAUCUUGUACAAACAACACCAGAAACACAUUUUUGUCCUGCGCUGGCCAAGACACCAGGUGCCGCUGCAGUCCUAAAAAAACUAGGAGACAUCAAAAAAGUAAAAUCGUCCAACGAAGAAAUUCAAAUUGCAGCAGCUGUUACCUCUAUCUUUCCAUUCGGCGCUUUCUUCCAGCUACAGUAUAACAUCUUUCACAACGAGAAACUUCAAGUCAAAGAUGGCUCGAUUAACAUCAAGAGCGACGGUGUUUGGGGGGAAUGCAAUGGCUGCAAGUUCUUCCUUAGUUUACAAAACACAGAAGACAGUGCCAAAUACGGUUUCUAUAACGACAAGACUGUCUUUCUAAUCCGCAUUCAAGGUGAAGUCGAAGACGAUGCAUAUGACCAUGGUAUACAGACAGUAUAUCAACACAAAACGCUGGAGAAGAGGAGAGAAGUGACUGCUGACGAUGGGUUCUCAGAGGUCGUGAAGGUGCUGGAUGCCAUAUUCGACUCUCUAGAAAAGGUGAAAUUGAAGUACCCAGGUAUAUCCUACAGAACAGGGGAGGUGCGAUAUAUCCUGGGAGACCCGCCAGACAGCAUAAAUUUCGGCGACAGAGUAACCAGACUGGUGUCUCGAAAGCUUGGUGGUGACUGGAAAGAGUUUGCAAACCAACUUCCACUGGAUGCUGAUAAAAAACAGAAGGUCUUACGAGCUGCCCAAAGUAAGACUGCUACGACUGACAUGGACAGAACGAAACUGCUUCUCAAGGAAUGGAAAAAGAUAUCUGGAAAGAAAGCUGAUGUCAUCAACCUAUGUAAAGCUCUUAGAGCUUGCAACAAUGGUGCAGUCGCGGACAAAGUGGACGCGUUAGUGAAAAGCCAUGGAAAACUGAGAAAUGAGCCCAUUUAGACGGAAAAUUGAUGAGACUUGCAAAACCAAACACAUUCACGAUGCUGGGCAUAAGAACUAUUCCAUGUCAAUUUUCUCACUUUCAGUUACAUUGGUCGAAUUUACAUCAGUCAUAUUGUUUACGUGAAGACAAUUUACAAUACAAAACCAUACGUAUUGCAAUUUGAACCAGACUAGUUAAAACCGAAAACGAAACUCUUCUUCCGUUGAAAAGUACUCAUCUAGGAAGAGACAGAUUUCUUUGGAGAUUAUUGCAUUCAUUUAAAUUGGAUUAAAAUUUCAAAUAAAAAAUUAGAGUAUGUAAAACCAAAUUUUAACAGGACACAGAAAUAUUGAAUUUUAUGUUGGUGCUCAGAUCAAGUCACUAUUAACCCAAUACAUAUUUUUUUGCUUUAAUGGUGCUCUUAUUCACCGUAAUAACAUUGGAAAAUUUAAACAUAUAUUUAGUCACUUUAUGAAUGAACAUUUUGUUCACUCAUUUCUGUGCAAAUGUACAAAAUACUAUUAAA